UCCACUGCUCAGGAGCCGGGCUGCGGCUGCCCUCGACGGCUGCUGGAGCGGGCAGCGAGCCCGUCGCCGUCCAGACACGUGGCGGGACUGGAGGACGCGAGUCGUCGCGGGAGCCGCCGGAGGGAAUUCCGGCGGAGCUGGGCAGCCUGCCCGGGGAGAGACGCUGGGCUGACCGGGAGGCGCGGCUGCGGGGCCGUCGGUGGGUCCAGCCAGCCAGCAACCAGCGCCGGCGAGCAAGUGGGGUCUUUGCAGCGCUGGCCGCCCGUUGCCAAGUUAUGCAAAGCGGAGCGCCGCUCCCCGCUCUGCGCACUCGCCCGAGAGAAGGCAGGCGACGGGCUGGGCUGCGGGCGGCAGAAGGUGAACCGCGACGGGCCCGGGCGCUGCGGGAAGAGGCGGCCCCGCUGCGAGGCGCCCUGUAGCGAGGAGCCGUCCCCCAGCCCGAGAGGGGGCAGAGGCGUCGUCCGUCGGGGAAUCUUCCCCGGGGCUCUUGCAGCCCGCGGCUUCGGCAGGAAGUUCUCCCGGGGACUGGGCUGGGUUCGGUCCGCAGACGGGUUCGCGUCUCCUCUCCUCCGUCUUCGCCUUUUGCCUCCGCCGCUGAGGCGAGAGGAUCGCCCCGUCGCCUGGCAGGACAUCCAAAGCCCCGCCUGCGCGCACCGCGAAAAGUACCAUUUGCGCCUCUGGUUUCGAAGGGACGCGUCGCAGCGGCAGCCUUCUCCUCGGCGGCAGGUUGAAAUCAGAUACAGCCUGCAUGCUCGAACAUCCUCAGUGUGCUGCAUCCUGAUUGGCUCCCCCCACCCUCGAAUUGGCGGAUCCACAGCAACUGCAGAAAACCAAGCAGGACACCCACCCCUUUUGUUUAACUUUGGAAAGGAGUUGGUACAGUGAGCAACAUGGCAAGCACAUUGUGCUAUACAAAGUAAAAACUUUUGGCCAAUACUGGGCAGAGCACUGUGUCCCAUCCACAUUUAAAGAUUUCUACUGAAUUAUCUGAAGAAAGGAGCAGUUUUUCUUCAGCAACCAUUCAAGAAAAAAUGCCCGGAGAGACCAAAGCCGGAUUUUUCCAAAUGCUGCAUAUCCCUGCAAUAUUCUUCUUCGGAAUGCUGCUCUUUCCAGUCCAUGGAGCAUCAAAACAAAAUGUCCCGAGACUUAAACUCUCCUAUAAAGAUUUGCUGCUUUCCAACAGCUGUGUUCCAUUCCUGGGUUCAGUGGAGGGACUGGAUUUUCGAACUCUGCUGCUGGAUGAGGAGAGGGGUCGGUUGCUGGUCGGCAGUAAAGACCACAUUUUCCUGCUCAGCUUGGUUGAUGUAAACAAAAAUGUAAAAAAGAUUUUUUGGCCUGCUGCCACAGACAAGGUGGAUUUAUGUAAGCUUGCUGGAAAGGAUGCCCAUAAAGAAUGUGCCAACUUCAUCAGAGUCCUUCAGUCUUACAACAGAACCCAUGUUUAUGUCUGCGGUACGGGAGCUUUCCACCCGGUCUGUGGCUACAUAGAACUUGGAACACACAAAGAGGAUGUGGUAUUCAGACUGGAUGCUCUCAGCAAGGAGUCUGGAAGACUGAAAUGUCCUUAUGAUCCCCAACAGCCCUUUGCAUCUGUCAUGGCAGAUGACUAUCUCUAUUCUGGAACGGCAUCGGAUUUCCUUGGCAAAGAUACUGCUUUAACACGUUCUCUGGGCCCCUGGCAAGAUCACCAUUACAUCAGGACUGAUAGCUCUGAACAUUACUGGCUCAGUGGAGCCAAGUUUAUUGGUAUAUUCCCUAUCCCGGACACCUAUAAUCCAGAUGAUGACAAAAUCUAUUUCUUUUUCCAAGAAGUUUCUCAAGACAGCAGCACAUCUGACAAAGUGAUCCUUUCUCGAGUUGGCAGAGUCUGUAAGAAUGAUAUGGGCGGUCAGCGUAGCCUGAUAAAUAAAUGGACGACGUUUCUGAAAACAAGACUGGUGUGUUCAAUCCCUUGCCCAGAAGGUGCAGACACGCAUUUUGAUGAGCUUCAAGAUAUAUUCUUACUUCCUACCAGAGAUGAAAGGAAUCCUGUUGUCUAUGGUGUUUUCACUACUACCAGCUCCAUUUUCAAAGGCUCUGCUGUUUGUAUGUACAGCAUGGUUGAUAUCAGAGCCGCUUUCAAUGGACAUUAUGCCCAUAAGGAGAGUGUGGAUCACCGCUGGGUUCAAUAUGAAGGCAGAAUUCCAUACCCCAGGCCUGGAACAUGUCCAAGUAAAACGUAUGAUCCAUUGAUCAAAUCGACCAGAGAUUUUCCAGAUGAUGUCAUUAGCUUCAUACGGCGGCAUCCAGUGAUGUACAAAUCAGUCUACCCAGUGACUGGAGCACCUGUGUUUACUCAAAUCAACGUGGACUACCGGCUGACUCAGAUUGUGGUAGAUCGGGUCUUGGCUGAGGAUGGCCAGUAUGAUGUCAUGUUCCUGGGCACAGAUACUGGAACUGUCCUGAAGGUUCUGAGUAUAACUAAGGAGAAAUGGGACUUAGAGGAAGUAAUACUGGAAGAGCUGCAGAUAUUUAAGCAUCCAUCACCCAUCUUGACAAUGGAGAUGUCCCUAAAGCAGCAACAACUGUACAUUGGUUCCAGAGAUGGGCUUGUUCAGCUCUCGCUGCACAGAUGUUCCACAUACGGCAAAGCUUGUGCGGAUUGUUGUCUUGCCAGGGACCCAUACUGCGCUUGGGAUGGAAAUUCUUGCUCCAGAUAUAUGCCAACCUCUAAAAGGCGGGCAAGGAGGCAAGAUGUCAAAUAUGGAGAUCCAAUCACGCAGUGCUGGGAUGUUGAAGACAGCAUCAGUCAUGAAGUUGUCGAUGAAAAGGUGAUUUUUGGCAUUGAGUUUAAUUCGACGUUCCUGGAGUGUAUUCCAAAGUCCCAACAAGCUUCCAUUAGGUGGUUUAUUCAGCGUUCGGGAGAAGAGCAUAGAGAAGAGCUGAAGCCAGAUGAAAGAAUCAUCAAGACAGAAUAUGGAUUGCUGAUCCGCAGCUUGCAGAAGAAAGACACAGGAGCAUAUUACUGUAAAGCGCAGGAACAUACAUUUGUCCAAACUAUCGUCAAGUUAAAUUUAAAUGUCAUUGAGAAUGGACAGAUGGAAACCACUCUGAAAACAGAAGAUGAAGAGGGGCGAGUGAGGGACUUGCUAGCUGAGUCACGGCUGAGAUACAAGGAUUACAUCCAACUUCUCAGCAGCCCCAACUUCAGCCUGGAUGAGUACUGUGAGCAGAUGUGGCACCGGGAAAAGAAGCGGCCACGAAACAAAGGGGGCCCAAAGUGGAAACACGUCCAAGAGAUAAAGAAGAAGCGGAAUCGGAGACACCACGAAAUUGUCUACGAACACAUCAGGCCUGUGUCUACAUAGUUUGUGUAUUUUAUUUAAAGAAGGGACAGUUUUGCUAUUGAAAAUAUUUUGUUAGGUUCAUGUCGACUCUUCCUAUUGACAUUGCUCCUCAGAGACCAGGCUACACAUAGUCCUUAUUGUAUAUGAGACACCGCCGCCUCCCACUGGAGAAUACACUGGCAGAUGAGAAAUAUCUUCAAGACCUGUACAAGCUUUAUUGUGUGUGCAGUUUUGAACUGAGAUUGCUUUAUUUGUAAAUUGGGCUCUGAAUAGUUAAUUUAUCUCAUAGAUCAGAUAGCUGUUCUAUUUUUUCCCCUGUAAAACUACUUUUCCUGAGGCUUAUUGAACAACUGCUAGGUUCUACCUUACAGAUGCAUUUAAAGGCAGGCUGGGUGGAUUUAUAAAAGAGAGUGGGGAUCAGUUAUGAAGAAAAGCAAAAGGUAGUCCAUGAGAGAGAGGCAAAACAAGGCAUCCCCUCCAUAGUUUGAUGGAGGCACAGACAGACAAUGCAUCUCCCCCUCUGCCUCCAGCACGAUCUAGUCUGUGUGUAAAUGCACUCAACACUGAUCCCUGAUGCAGACGUUGCAAUGCUGGUGGGUCUGUAUGUAGGGUUCACUCAUGCUCCCUUGGACCAAUGAGCAGUCUCCUGCAAAAAGACAUGAAAAUGAACCCAGAACCCUGAAGGGCACAACACAAUGGAUAGGCAUUGCCUUUUUCUGGUCCUCCCAGGCCAAAAGACUUAACCUGGUCAGUUACAGAUACUGAGUAAGGGUCUCAGGAUAGACCACCAAGCAUGAGAUGCCAUUCAUGGAUUGUUAUCAGAUCCUCUCAGAAGAUCCUCUCAGUGUUCUCAUCUGAAGAGUAGUGUGUCUAGGCUGGAUAAGGCCCUGUGUUUGAAAUUCACUCAUUUACUCCUAAAAAGCAAGCACAAUCAUAGUUUUAUAGGAAAAAACCCCUAGAGUCUUAUUCAUUAGGAUGUCAUUAACAACUAGUUUGGAGGCUGAGUCAAUCAGGAGACCAAAGCGUGAAUCUUCUAAGAGGUGAGUGGGAAGGACUAUACAGCUACCAACUGAGUUUUUGUGAAUCUUAUCUGGAUUUUUGUGAACAUCCACUCACCUUCCAGAGUUCCUGUUGGCUCCAUGGAUUUAGCUCCUUUGCUAUUUUACAUUUGUUGCUUGAAGACAAAGCCAACUCAAGGAAGUCUGCCGAGAAAGGACGUUACUACCUAGUGAUGCUGGAAGUCCGUUUUAAUUCAGAUGUGCAUUCCUGUUGCAAAGGUCUUGUGUGUUUGUGAGACAGCAGUGCAUUGUGGGAAUUAAUGUGUUAUAUUUUUACGAAAACAAAGACAAAGUCCAGGUAUAAAUAAUGCAUAAGUUAGAGGUGGGCGGCUUUAUGACUUACGGGCGGAUGCCGCAUGGGCCAAAAACAGCGGUGUGAAAAUAGUGUAAACCCCAUUUUCACACUGUUUUCAUACUGCUGUUUUUGGGCCAUGCAGAAUCCACCACAGUAUUUUUUUAAAUAAUGUUCCCCAGUUUUACUUUUUCUGCUGUUUUACUAAAUGGUGGCAUCCUUCAGGAGUGGACAGCUGUGUCUGAGGUUGGCUUCUCCAGAGCCAUUUCUAAACAGCAGAGGCAAGACCCAACAAGGCUAACAUAUCAUGGGAUGAUCUGCUCGGCAGCCCCCCUCCGUCCCCGACUCUGUGUUGCUUUUCACGCCUUUUUGAGUGUGAAAUGACAAAUUAGCCACUUCCUCACAUGGAAGAAAGCUUUGAUGAAUACCAAAACGACAGACUUUUGUUGUUUCUCAUGCAUUCAACUCAUUGUGGGGGGGGGGGGGGAUCUGUGAGAACCUGUGUAAUUGGUAUGCCAUUCAUUAAAUAAAGGAAAGCCCUGGUGUGGACUCUCAGCUCUGAAAAAAAGUACAUAUUUGA